AUGCUAGAGGACACAGAACCGACAUUGGCCUCUAAUUGGAGUUCAACUUACAGUGACUCGCAAAACUAUUUCACUGUUUACGAUGAGACUGACAGAACAGAUAGUAACAUCACUCAGCACAACUCAACCCAGGUAUACCAGUCCUUCAUUUUACCAUGGUGGCGGCAAGUCUUGUGGACAUUCCUCUUUGCAGGGAUGGUAGUGGUAGCCACUGUUGGGAAUCUCGUCGUUAUUUGGAUAGUUUUAGCUAACAAAAGAAUGAGAAGCGUCACUAACUAUUUUCUAGUCAACCUGUCAGUGGCAGACGCGAUGGUAUCAACAUUGAACGUAACUUUCAACUUCACGUACAUGUUGUACUCGGAUUGGCCAUUCGGACACUUUUACUGCAAGUUCUGCCAGUUCAUUGCUGUCUUAAGCAUCAGUGCGUCUGUUUUCACCCUCAUGGCUAUAAGUGUGGAUAGAUACGUGGCUAUAAUGAGUCCUCUACGUCCCCGACUCGGCAAACGUGCGACGCUGGGUAUUGCCGCCGCUAUUUGGGCUGGUAGCUCUGUCAUCAGCAGCCCUAACAUAAUUUACUUCACCACCGACGUAGAUCUUUUACCUGACGGCACUACGAGGCGGGUUUGUUUCCCUGAAUGGCCAGACGGUAGUACUACAGAAUCUGAACUCGAAUACAUUUACAAUGUAGCAUUUAUGGUACUAACGUACUUCUUGCCCAUCACAUCUAUGACGUAUACUUAUGCAAAAGUGGGAAUAGAGUUGUGGGGGUCCAAAUCAAUAGGAGAGUGCACUCAACGACAAUUGGAUAAUGUGAAAAGCAAACGAAGGGUUGUUAAAAUGAUGAUGGUCGUUGUAGUAAUAUUUGCUGUAUGCUGGCUUCCAUUCCAUGUGUACUUCGUUGUGACUUCAUACUACCCAGAAGUGGUUAACUAUCCGAAUAUACAGGAGAUCUAUCUCGCUAUAUACUGGCUCGCCAUGAGCAACUCCAUGUAUAAUCCUAUUAUCUACUGCUGGAUGAACUCCAAAUUUCGUCGUGGAUUUAAGCAGUUAUUCUGGUGCUGCGGCCUGGGUGAACGUCGUCAUCGUCUAGAUCGUUCCAUGAGAUCACUUUCACCCUCCAGAAAGAAUGGAACUAGUUAUUUCAAGACAACAAUCAAAAUGACAAAAUUCACCAAAAAUCCUCCUGGCACUCCUCAUUUGCUUCACACAAAUAAAAUACACACGUAG